UGGGCGGGGCCUCAGCCUCUCAGCACACACCGCACUCCCACCGAACCAGCCGCAGCAAAAUGGCGGCGCUGGGCACCGAGCUACUCCUGUGCUCUCCCGCGGGACUGGGGGGAUACGGGCCCCCUGGGGUGCCGAUAAUGGAGCCCGGGGAGAUGACGAGGCGGUUGGAGGAGACGCGCCGGGAGCUGGAGAACCGGAGGAAGAUCCUCAUCAAGAACCUACCGGCCGACUGCUGUAGCCAGGACAUCCAUGAGCUAUUAAAGGACUACGAGAUCAAAUAUUGCUACGUGGAUAAGAAUAAAAAGACAGCCUUCAUCACUCUGUCAAACGGAGAGCAAGCACAAGAUGCGAUUAACAAAUUCCACAAAUGCCACCUCCGGGACAAGGAGAUUCAGGUCCAGCUGCAGCCGACGGACGCUUUGUUAUGCGUGACCAACCUUCCUCCGUUAUUCAGCAAGCAGGAGUUCGAAGAACUGGUCCGGGCGUACGGAAACAUCGAACGCUGUCUCCUCGUCUACAGCGAGCUCACUGGCCUCUCCAAGGGCUACGGCUUUGUAGAGUACAUGAAGAAAGACUGCGCCUCAAAGGCCCGCCUGGAAUUGCUGGGCAAGCAGCUGGAAGAAUUUACCCUUUUUGCCCAGUGGGUGGACGUCAAUCAGCUGACGGCGGAUUUUAUUCACUCAAAGUGCCUGUGUGUUGACAAGCUUCCCAAGGACUACAGCAAUAGUGAUGAGCUGACGCAGAUAUUUUCCUCUCUGCACAAGCCGUUGUUCUGCCAGCUGGCAGAGGAUGAAGAUGGUUACUCUGGUGGUUUUGCGUUGGUUGAAUAUGAAUCUGCAAGGCAGGCGGAAGAGAUGAGAGACUCCAUGGAUGGAAUAACUGUGAAGGGAAGCAGAAUUCAGGUGUCUUACUGCGCACCAGGUUCCCCAGGUCGGAGCAUUCUAGCCACACUCAUGGCAGCGCAGGGCAUGCUGCAGAACAAUAGGAAAGGGUUGCUUCCAGAGCCAAACCCAAUGCAAAUCAUGCAGAGCCUCAAUAAUCCAGCGAUGCUACAGAUGCUUUUUCAGCCUCCGCACCGUGGAAGGUCAGGAAAGCACGGGUCUUCCGGGCGUCCGCACUUUAAUGCAACUGUCAGCCAAGCUCUGUUACAGCUCCACAAACAUAAUCAGAAACCAGGUCUGGCAGGCAACCUUCUUCUUCAGAACUACUCCCAUCUACAGGGGGCCCAUCAGCAGCUUCUCCAGCUGAAGGGCGCACAGUCCAACAACAGUAAACCCGGCCUGCUGGGAGAAGCUCCGGUCUCCAUCUUACAGUCCACCAUGGGGACAUCGCAGACGGGAUCAGUGGAGGCCUCGCAAAAAAACUUGAUGCCAUACCUGCAUAAUCAGCAGUUGAGUGCUUCACUCUCCCAGCUUGCCCAAGACCAGCAGUCUGCCCUGGCACUGACGGACGGGUCCCUGCUGAGCGGGCAAUCACAGGCCGGCACCACAGACACAUUGCACACGAACAAGCCGAGUAACCAGACAUCGCUCUUGGGGGAGCCACCGAAAGACUUCCGGCUCAGCACGAACCCUUACUUGAAUCUGGCAAGCGUGUUGCCUGGCAUGUCAGCUCGGGGGCUCCAGGCUCAUGCAGUGGAUGGCUUAUUGUGUCAGGACUCCGCAGGACAGUCGGGAUUAGAGAACUAUUUCUCCUACAGCCAGCAAUACGGAGAUUACUCUCAGGAGGCUAUUCAGCAGUGGUAUGACCAAUAUUCAGGAUACAGCAGUGCCCAGACAGAUGUACCUGGGGAUGGCAGUCAGGUGAGCAGGAUUACAACUUGCAGUUACAGUUCUGGAUGA